AUGACCUUAAAGAUCAUCGUAUACGGUUUCUUAUGGCCUUGGGAAUCCAACAUGACAUCAGCCCCAGGUCAGAUCAGCGGUCACAUGCCUCCCCGACCUAACCCAAUUACCGACCUGACCCGGCCAAACACAAUUACCCGACCUGUUCUGAUAUCCUCACUUGGUUCGGAGCGGAAAUUGAGUUUGGUGGGCAUUUGUCGCUGUCUUCAGAAUCUUUUCGGCCGCUUUGAAGGGUCGUCAUAAUAGGAGGGGCCUUGCCUUCUCGAUUGGCUCGGCCUUUUUGAUUUCUUCUAUAUUUUUCGUAUCUUCUUAUUUCCAUUAGGCCUUGGAGGGAGGGGAACAGACAGCACGUGUUUCGGAUCACUUUGAUGACCUGAGGGCGAUAAGGGGUGGUCGUUGAGGCGGGUCGGUCGUUAUAUGGGAAUCAUCAUGGCAGGCUUGUAAUUACUUCUGACAUCUUUUUAAGGGGUCUCCUUGUGUUCUUCACACCUUUUUGUAUUUUCUGUAACUUUUUGUAUUCUCGUUGCUAUCGGAAGUGAAUUUGUUUAUCCAGAUUUCUUUGUUUGAACACCCCCAAUGUCGUUUAUGUCCCUUCCCAUUACUAUUUUCAAUUUGGAAGCAUUUGUUGCCUGAUUUUCCUCCAGGUAUGAUAUCCUUUAUCCCCUUUCUCUUCGUGUGAGCCAUUCGUAAAGUGGACAAUGGCCAUUUGGGCCUUUCGGCUCUACGGGAUGACGUCUUUUCGGCCACGAACGGCUCCCAUUUCCACAGAUUUAUGAGGAAAGGAGUUGCUCGCCGCGUUUUUACGGCAUUCUGAUCAUACGUAGAGGGGCAGUUACUUGGUCUUUGUGUGCCCAUUCCCCCCUCGCAUAACAGCACAUUCGAAGGGAAUUAGUUUUAUGGGGCUUCGGUCGACGUUCGCCGCGAGUAUUUUGUGGUAUUUUAACAUCAAAUCCUCCUUCCCAAAUCCCUUCCGUUCUUUGCCUUUUUAUGUAUUUUUGUUCAUGUUUUAGGGAUGGGGAACGAUUCCUCUAAACAGCAAUUACAUCCCAAUCCACGAGGAGUUCAUCGACGGCUAUCGACGGACUCGGCUCGUCGAUAUAAGACCGGUCUUCCGCCUCCUGUAGUCCAAGUAUCAGCCUCUUGUUCCGAUGGAUUUCUGAGUCCCACAAUCUCCAACGAUUUCUCUGCUUCUACAACAUCAAGGACCUCAGUUGAAGGGCAUCCGGAAAUCUCGAGGUCACGAUCUGGCUCGGCUUGUUCGGAGAGAUCUAACAGUAUCAAAAAGAAACAUCCUAUCGUAUUAAGAAAUCGACAAUUAAUCCAGGUGAGGGAGAUAAACAGAUAAAAGUCAGGUGUGGGUGGAGGGGAAAAUCUGGCUUAGCCUGGGAAUUGUAGGUUCACUAAACCAUUUCAGCAGAGGCCCUCGCAAUUAUAAUGCAAGGAAACAGGCCUUUCAGUUACGGAUUAAGGAAUGCACUUUAGUGCUGAUCUUCCCCGUGACUUCGGUGAUGGCCAUUAAAUUUUAUUUCGUUCUACUUAAUCAGUUCGUCUUGACUUUAAAUCACCUUUUCAGAGUUGUUUUCAAAAUCCCCAUGAGAUCAUUGGCAAGAAAAUAAUUAAGAGAACGGCCGAAAAGCGCUCCGACUUUGGCGGGUUUUACGUCAGCCUAACGGCGGAGCAGAAAGAGGAUCUGGAGAAUGGGAUCAAGUUGUUGCUCAAGAAAGCCGUCGCCAAUAUUGACUUCCCCGACGAGGUAGGAAAUCUUUAUACGAUUAUACGAAAUCAAAUAUAUUAUUGUUGACUGCUCGACAACAACAAUAUAAUUUGGUCGUCUUAAAGUGACAGCUGCUUAAGUUUUUGCAGGUGGAGCGGCUCUCCGAGGAGUUUGGGUUGAGGCUGGUGACAUUCCGGUCAGCGGGUUUCAAGGCCGAUUACUUUGCGGCCAUCGCGGAUUCAACGAUUACAGAAUGCUCUUUCCUCGAUAAUGCUGUUCAUCCAGCUCAUCAAACAUUACAAGCAUUCUCGCAAUUUGUUGGAAUUGUAAGUAAUUUUAGUAAUUAUUUAAAAGGGAAAUGCUACGAGGCACUAGAUAUUCAGAUUUUCUUGAAACCCGAUUUAGGUCAUUAAUUAUUGGCAUUGUUAGUCAGCACUUUUUUACGACUGAGAAUUAGUUUUAAAACGAGAGCGUGCGGCAAAUAAGGAGUGACGGGUGGAGAAAAAUCAUUUCAUUGGCGAUUUUCCUUAUAAAUUUUGGUCGAAUUUCUUCAGAAAUCCUGGCGAUGACUCUGAAUAUACUGCCGGUUUUACAAAUUUGCAAUCGAUCUUUGCGGCUGAGAGAGUACGACAAACGCGGAGAGCAACCGCAGAAAAAAUAUUAUGAAUUUGUGCCAAGUUUUAUCAAAUUGAGAGCAUUGCGCUUGAGGUCUUUUCCCUGUUAGACGGACUUUCCGGGUCCUUAACUUCCUAAAAUCCGGUUUUCGGGCAUUUGCAUUUUCGUUUGACCUUUCACGUCGAUUUUGUUUACACUCAAAAUAUUUUAAAAAUAUUUUCGUCGGCCUUGGUCCACAUGUAAAGUAACCAGGAAACGAAUUGUAGGUAUUUACGUCUGUGCGGAAUGGCUUCUACAACGAGAUGAGACGACAACGACGGGCCUCGCAUUCCUUCUCCUCGGGUCAAUCAAUCGCCAUGGAUCGAAGGCCCAAACUCUCCAUCUCGGGCCCUAGCACGAGUCCCACUACAAGGACCAAAUUAUUAACAGAGUUCUGGUCGCCACAAGUACUGGUAAAUGGAAGCGACCAGUUCCUAAGUACACCUCAAGAUGCCUUCUACUGA